ACCAAAGAUAGCCACUCUCAUUUCGCAAUAAUCCGGCACCGGUUCCCAUCCCAAGUGCCCUGCAUGUCCGUAAACCUGUAACCUGUAUGGGCAAUUGGUUGUGCUCUUCCUUCCUCCUUCUGAUAUCCUAUCCCCACCAACACCAGCACCAUCGCUGUAGAAGUAGGUAGGCGUACGGUACUUGCCUGCGCGCCAUCACCGUCCUGGUACAUAUAGCGGGGCAUCCUCUUCCUCCCACGCCUCCUCCAGUUCGAUCAACCGGAAGAAAAAAACCAGCACGGGCUGCAAAUCGACUGCGUUGCCACCAGUUUUUUUUCUCGCUGCGCUUCAACAGUUCAACAGCCAUGACGUUCAUCGACCGCUUCAACAGGCGCGUGGCCACCAGCCCUGUGGGGCGCUUCUUCAGACUCGAGUUCUCGGGACAUCCCAAGGAGCGGAAGGGCUCGCGUUUCUUCACCGAGAUUCGAGCUGGGCUCGCAACGUUCUUUGCUAUGGCUUAUAUUAUUGCCGUUAAUUCCACCAUCACUUCGGAGUCCGGGGGCACCUGCGUGUGUCCUCGCACGGAGGCGGAUUUUGCCUGCGACCUCGACCAGGAGUACCUAAUGUGUCUCGGCGUUGUCAAGCGCGACAUCGUCACGGCCACAGCCGCCAUCGCGGCACUUACUAGUUUUUUGAUGGGCAUCGGCGCAAAUAUUCCGAUCGCGUGUGCGCCGGGAAUGGGAUUGAAUGCGUACUUUGCGUACCAGGUCGUGGGAUACCACGGAACCGGCCCGGUCUCGUAUGAGCUUGCGCUCACGGCUGUUUUCGUUGAGGGAUUCGUUUUCAUCGGGCUGUCGAUUCUGGGGAUGCGGCAAUGGCUGGCCCGUGCGAUUCCCGCGUCGAUCAAGUUGGCUACUGGUGCUGGCAUCGGACUGUAUCUGGCGUUGAUCGGGUUGACGUAUAGCGCUGGUAUCGGUGCGAUUACGGGAGCUAUGUCGACGCCGUUGGAACUGGCCGGUUGUACCGCCGAGUAUAAGGACCCAGACACGGGAGUGUGUCUGUCCCACAAGAUGCGGAAUCCAACACUCUGGCUCGGUAUCUUCUGUGGCGGUAUCUUCACCGCCAUGUUGAUGAUGUACCGUGUCAAGGGUGCCAUCAUCGCCGGCAUCGCUCUGGUCAGCAUCGUCUCGUGGCCCAGGACGACGGCGGUCACUUACUUCCCGUACACUCCCGUCGGCAACGACAACUUCAACUUCUUCAAGGACGUGGUUGCAUUCCACAAGAUCGAGAAGUCGUUGAACGUGCUCCAAUGGGACAUCAGUGGCGCUGGCCCCCAAUUCGGACUCGCCUUGGUUACUUUCCUUUACGUUGAUAUCCUCGAUUGUACCGGUACUUUGUACUCGAUGGCUCGUUUCGCCGGCUUCGUCGAUGAGGAAACCCAAGACUUUGAGGGCUCAGCCAUGGCCUACAUGGUCGAUGCGAUUGGCAUCUCCAUCGGCUCGCUCUUUGGCUCCCCUCCAGUCACGGCCUACAUCGAAUCCGGCGCCGGAAUCUCCGAAGGCGGCAAGACCGGAAUGACCGCAUGCGUGACUGGCCUGUGCUUCUUCAUCAGCAUCUUCUUCGCGCCCAUCUUCGCAUCGAUCCCGCCGUGGGCAACAGGGUGCACUCUGAUCCUGGUGGGGAGCAUGAUGAUGCGUUCAGCGGCAGACAUCAACUGGGCGUACCCGGGGGACGCAAUCCCCGCGUUCAUCACGCUGCUGUGCAUGCCAAUGACGUACUCGAUCGCGUACGGCCUCAUCGCCGGCAUCAUCACGUACAUCAUCCUCAACACCCUCGCCUGGCUCGUCGAGAAGGCGUCUGGCGGCCGCAUCGUCCCCUAUGCCAAGGAGGUCAAGGACCCCUGGACUUGGAAGAUCAAGGGCGGUAUACUGCCCAUGUGGCUUACUAGGCUGGUGGAUGGGAAGAGGGACUUUUGGAGGCCCCAUCCCGAGCUGGAUGCUGAGGAGAGGGACAGCCACGGAGAAAGUAAGCUCGAGAAGGAGAACGGCCGUGCGGAGGCUGCUACCCCCCGCCACCACCGCCGCCGGUGAGAACGAGACUGAGCAGCUGGAGAAGAGGCAUCUUGCUUGAUUCGAUGGGGGCGGCCGUGUGCGUGGUCGUGUGGGUGGAUAGAUUGGGGUGGUGGGGGAG